AUGGCACAGACACUGCAGGCACAGGCGCUCGUCAUCGAGCAGGCGCACGGACCCUUCCAGCUCGCCGACAUCCAGCUCGACAUCAGCCAGCUCAAGUCCGAUGAGGUGGUCGUGCGAUACCACCACACCGGUGUCUGCCAUACCGACAUCCACUGCCGCAACGUCGCAACGCCCCAGCUGCUUCCCGCCAUCUACGGCCAUGAGGGCGCAGGAACGGUCGAGCAGGUCUCGAGCGACUACAAGGGCUCGCUCAAGGUCGGAGACUCGGUGCUGGCUAGCUUCUGCAGCUGCGGCGGAUGCAACAAUUGCAACUCCAGCCGUCCGGCCUACUGCGACCUCUUUGUACCCAUCAACCUAGCCCACUUUACCAAGGAGAUGCAGCACGUCAAGGUGCCCUACCAGAAACAGGACGGUGAAAAGGGCGAGGCGCUCAUCAAGUACUUUGGCCAGAGCUCCUUCUCGAGCAGGAUGAUUGUGACCGAUCGCAGUCUGACCAAAGUGAGCUCCAACGUGCCGACCAAGUUGGUGUGUGCCUUGGCGUGCGGCUUCCAGACCGGCUUCGCGACCGUGUUCGAGAAGGCACCGACGGAUCAACCGCGCUCGUUUGAGCUGUUCGAGUCGGCGGGCGUGCCCGUUCCUAGCUCGAUCAAGACUUCCAGCCGGUACGAGCGCAGCAAGCAGACGCUGAUUGUCACCGGACUUGGCGGUGUAGGUCUCGGCGCCAUCUAUGGUGGUAAAACCCUCGGCUUUGGUUCUGUCAUCGCCUGCGACCUUAACGAUGAUCGUCUCGAGCUGGCGAAAGAAGUCGGUGCUACGCAUACGAUCAAUGUCAGGGGGCUGGAUAGCGCCGCUUUUGCUGCCAAGGUCAAAGAGUACAGCGCCGAUGGAAGGGGCGCUUCGCUCGCGAUCGAGGCGAGUGGUGCACCGGCUGCUAUGGGCAAUGCAGUCAUGGCACUGGCUGUCGGCGGACGCUCGGUCGUCGUGGGCGCCCCGCCCAGCGAUGCACCUCUCCCCGUCCCGCAUGCCCAUCUUCUUGCUCAAGCCACCUCCGUCGAAGGCCUUCUCAUGGGCAACUCGGUACCCGAGGUCACCAUCCCGUACCUGGUGGGCAAACUCGAAGCGGGCGAGCUGCCCUUCCUGGACAAGAUGGUCAAGGUGUACAAGCCCGCCGACAUGAACACCGCGGUCGAGGACCAGGAGAGCGGCAAAGUGAUCAAGCCCGUCAUCGCAUGGGAGUAG